UCGCCCCCUUCUCUCUUUCGCCUUGAGAAAGGACUGAGGGAGAGCAAAGAGAGAAAGGCGAGUCGGGCCUGGCCGGGCCCUCGCCUCCCCGGGUCGAUAUCGGGACAGGCUCAGCUUGUGCUUAAUCGAUGUGAAGCUUCUUCCAGAAACAUCUUGGAAAGCCAAAUAUCUAAUUUCCUAAUAUCUAAAUCAUACUGUGGGUUUAAAGAAGAGUCUGUCCAAAUGAGCAAGACAUCACAGGAGAACACAACUGCAGAAACCAAUGGAAUAAGUGUCAUCUAUACCCAAGCACACACAAGUGGCUUACAACAGGUCCCCCAGUUGGUGCCUGUUAGUCCUGGAGGUGGAGGCAAAGCUUCACCUCCCAGUAAGCAGGGCAAGAAGAAUUCCAUUAUUGAUAGAAACAGUGAUGAGUACCGCCAGCGUAGAGAACGCAACAACAUGGCAGUGAAAAAGAGCCGCUUGAAGAGUAAACAGAAGGCCCAAGAUACGUUGCAGCGGGUCAACCAGCUAAAAGAAGAAAACGAACGCUUGGAAGCCAAGAUUAAGCUCCUAACAAAGGAACUGAGUGUACUCAAAGACUUGUUUCUUGAACAUGCUCACAACUUCACAGACAGCGCGCAGCCUCUUGGCACAGAAAGCACUGUGAAAAAUUCAGAUGGCUCUGGGCAGUAGAUACACUUCCCAAUUUCACAGACAGAACACUGUGGACACAGGUUCCUCUAUACAGGUCUGAUGCAGCAACAGAGCAGGAUCUUUUCUGAACUUUGUUACAACUGUCAUUUUGUGGUGUGUGUGGUUUUUUUUUUUUUUAAAUAGUAGGUUUAACACUGAAGACUUGAUGCAAGCAAACUGCAAGUUGUGUUGCUAAGAUUUUUUUUAACUAGGUGUUAUAUUUUCAGGUCUGGCAUUUCUGAUUAACUGAAAUAUGUUGAGAAUGGAUGAACAUCCUUGUUUUCUCUAAAAUGAAGCCUGUACCUUAUACUAAGUAGAUUGGUUUAACCAUUUUCUUACUUGUUAAAAAUGUGGGUUAGGGAAGUAGUUCUUAAAUGUCACUUUUAAGGACAAAAAAGGUGCUGGAUUGGAAUCAUUCUUUCCCAAUUUUACUUGCACAAGUGGCAAACACUUCUUCUGAAGUCUUGUCAGCAUCACUGAAAGUAUGAACAGUCUUCAGAUUAAUUACACUGGUCUACAGCCAAAGUGCUUCUACAAUAAAUGUAGUCAAACUUUACUAAUUCUGGGUCACUGAGAAUGAAAAUGAUGCUUAAAAUUGUUGUUUGACUCUAGUUUUCAAGAUAUGCUAUUGGGUCAGUAUAUACGAUCUUUGACCUGGGAAUGGUAGAGGAUAAGUGCAUUAUAAAGGUAAGGGAUCUCAAUUUAAACUAGACAUGACUGAAAUACAUCUUUGACUGGAUCUAUGAACAAAUUUAUGAUUGGGUUUGGACAGUGCUUGCUUUUUAGGCAAAACAGUGAAUGUUGCAAACUGAAGCUGGUAUUACAUCAUACAUGAUAUGAAUUGCAUCCAGUUAUUCCUAGAAGCCAUGGAUGAUGCAGUCAUAAUGAAGCUUACUUCACUGUGCUGAACAAAUUGCCCUAGAAAUCAUACAGUGCCGUAUUCUCUUAUUUGUCUGUGUUUUAUUUUUCAAAGGGACAUAUUUCUGUUCAGCCAGAGUGAGCAGAUAUGGCUCAUACUUGUGCUAACGAUGCAGAUAACUUCUGCUAUGUUUGUGGAGAAGUGACUUUUGCAUCACAAAAGUGCAGUAUAACCACUAUGGUUGAGAAAGCCUGUCACCUUUAUUUUGGCUGUAAAAUUGGAGAUCAGGACAAGAGGUGGGCCCCACACAUAGGCUGCAACACUUGUGCAACAAAUCUUUGCCAGUGGUUGAACAGGAAAAGGAAAACUUUGCCUUUUGCAGUGCCAAUGAUCUGGAGAGAGCCAACAGAUCAUACCAGCAAUUGUUACUUCUGCAUGGUGCCUCCCGUUGGGAAAGGUGUGUCAGAGAAGGAAAAAAUGGACUGUGCAUGAUCUAAACAUUCCAUCAGCUAUACUCCCAGUACCCCAUGGGGAAGGACUGCUGGUUCCUGAUGCGCAGGAAUCAUUCUCACUUGAGUCAGAUGAGGGAUAGGAUGAAACUUCUGGUCCUGAAGCAUCAAUGUCACAGGACCUACCUUUUCUCCCAGCCUCCUCCUCUGAACCACACCUCAUAACACAAGGUGAAAUGAAUGACCUUGUCAGGGAUUUGAAACUACUCAGGAGUAAGGCAUUGCUGUUGGGCUGCAGACUACAGCAGUGGAAUCUCCUAGCAGGUGAUAUUUCACUAGGACAUUGUAACAAUGGAGAAAUGCUAUCAGGGCAAAUGGAGCCCAUCAGUGUUUGGAGACUGUUGCUGGAUGGUGACAAGAAAUGCUCCAUUUAAUGAAUACAAGAGACAAGACAAGCAGCACCGAGUAGACACUGAAUAGGACUAAACUAUGAAAAUUUAUUUAGAUCUAUUAAGGUGAUUGAGUGGGUGACAGCCUUAAAUUAGCUGCGACAUCACAAUAGAUCAAGUAAGAUGACAAAUGUCCAAUGUAAUGAUGUUCAAACUUUGCCACAUUGUCUUCUAACCUGCUUUAAAUGUAGCGGAUGCUUUCUGACAUGUAGCACAAACUUGCUGGGCGCAACUCGUAGUUUAUGUGGGGAGAGGUGUGUUCUGUAUUAGGGCCUAGUAGUAGAUGUCUUGCCAAGAUUCAUAAGAUUGCCUAAUAUAGAUUACUUCAGAUCAUUCUUGGCCCAUAGUCUGAGAUUGGGAGAAUGCAGGGCCUUGAGUCCCCUCCAGCGUAAUGUCCUAGCAGUGGGCAAUGGCACUAUUCCCACCUAGCCAUGAGCUUCCUUCCAUUUUAAUUACCUGCAGUGGCUGGACAUAGCCUUACUCUGGAAGGUUAUGGAAUAUCUUCAAAGCUCUAGCUCAUGCUGGUGUCAAAUAAGUAUGUGGGUGAGAUGGAACCAGUGCAACAAUCGGCAUGCUGGUGUUCAUGGAGGCUGAUGAUGGCAGCCCUGGAAUUAGGCCUAAAUAUCCAUCCCCUUCCUAGGUGACGAUGAGGACAACUGGCUUCUUUGAAUGUGGGUCACUUUGCUAGAUGACAACACAAGUUUGGAACAUGUUUCCUGGAUCACAGGUUUGUGAUAAGUAGCAGUGAAUUGUAAUUUACCCCUGUAGAAGACUGGUUCGUGACAAAGGCCCAUGCAGAAGGGCUUUUUUAGAAUUAAAGUAGAAGGACACCUUACUCCUCUGGCACUUCCGAACAAUGAUAUUUUCAUCUUUGAUACUGUACGUUCAGGUUGGAGCCACAUUGCUUUCAAGAUGCAAGCAAGAAGGCAGUUUCUUGGAUAAUUCUUCCAACAUGAGAAAGAAACUCGGGGCCCUGUUCUGAGAGGUAGAUACAUUGCUGUUUUAUUCACUCCUCUUCUGAUUAUCUAAAUUAGCCAGAUAGUUAAUUUAGUAGCCUAUAGAAACCUAAAGUAAUAUUUACUCCCUCCCCCGCACCAAAAGGUAAUCCUCAUAACCAAGUUGGCAGAACUGAUUUUUCGGUCUUUGACAUUCCUGUGGGAAAACCACUCAGCUUUUAGAUAAUUUUCAAAUACUGUUGGUGAGCCCCCUAUAUUUUGGGGUGGAUACAAAACUGAACAAAUCAAACAGAGUACGGAAGUCAUUGUAAUCCUUGAAACUUAUUUUCUCUUAAAAUAUUUUCAUUUAUCAUACAUUGGCAUAUGACUGACUGGAAUAGCAAAAAAUGACUUUUAUACCUCCUCUUUCCUUGCAGCUACCUUGUUUGUAUAUGCGUUUAGAAAGACUGGGUCAGCUCAGUAAUGUUAAUAGAAGAUAAUAAAAAAAGCCUUAUAAAAUA